AUGGUGGAAAACACGAUCAAGAACUUGAGCAAAAGCUGUGGUGGCUCUGCGCCUCGAUCGGCUGCCAGUCUCAUGCGUGUUGGACCUGUGAAUGUUCCCGAAGCUGUUGCAUGGCUAGAUAAUUUGACGUUGGAGCUUAAUACCGCUAGUACAGGCGGUGAGACACAAUAUGAACUGACUAUGAAGUAUGCACCCAGCGAAUUGAAGCUUGCAUCUUGUGCUAUGUGGACCAUAAGCCACACUUUUGAUGAAUAUCGACAUUUUCGGAAGCGUCUACUUAAAUGUAUACAACAAGGCCAUUCUUGUGGUGCCGAAUGCAAGUGGUUAAUCAAAGUAAUCAAACAGUAUUUUCCACAGAAGUUUUUAUUUGGCAACAAUUUCCCCAAAGUCGUGGCAAUACGGCGAAAGACUCUCAUUCGUUGUCUAACUACAGUACAAGCGUCACUUGUAAACCGCGGCAAUCACGGGUGUCGCGUGCUUGUACAGAACGUAGCGACUGAAUUUAAUUGUUUUGUGGCAAAAGGUAUAAAGGACAUAGAGACCCGAUUUUUAUUUGCCAUCGACUCACCAUCGUCCGAUCUCAGCUCCAUCACACGCGACUCACUUGACUCAGAGAGCGUGACGCGACUUAUCGUCGACACGUCGAGUGCCGCAAUCAUAGCAGGUCGAAGACAUAGAUAG